GUCUCUCGUCUGGUGGGGUCAGUGUCUGCUCGGAUCUUGAGCAGGAACCUCUGGGUAUUCGAUCUUUGGAUUGUCGUUCCUAAGACUAAUUAUUUACUCCAAAAUCCGAAACAUUCAAAAUUUUUUUAAAAUAAAUAUCAAGAAAAAUUUUUUCGAAAAUUUCUUUUUUUUUUUUUUUCUAUUAAAUUACGCGUGUGAAAACUCUUGUGGAAAUAGUGGAAAAACUGUUGAAUAAAAUUUAAAUUAUUGCUUAAUUGUUAAAUCAUAAAACUUUAGUGAAGUGUCUGUGCCAGACUCGUGUUAGUGUUUAAUAUUUAUUGUUAGUUUUAAAUUCAUUUGUCAAAAGUUGAAUUGAAACUCUAAAUUUAAUUGCUAUCAUUAAAAUAAUAAAUUAUCAAACUACACUUAUUGACAGUGUUUUUUUUUUGUGACUAAAGUGUUUAGAAGCAAGUGACUUUUGAAUUAUGAAUUUAAAUAAUUGUAAAAAUAAUACAACACGAGGAUUUUUUAAAAAUAUUGAAUAUGGACCAUGCAGAUAAUUGGAGAUUACUGAUAAAUAAUUCCCGUAUAUUAUUAAUACCGAGAAUACGUGGUGGGAUAAUCAAUAGCGAUAGCAGUAUCACGAGUAACAUUAGACGAAAAAGCCGCGCAAAUAAAAAAACUAAACAGCAGCCAGAGCAGCAGCAUCAGUAUCAAUAUAAGCAUCAACAUCAUCAGGUGAAGGAGUGUGGACGUGUGUCAGUGGUGAUUGGGGGUGGCCGGGUUGCCGCCGGUACGGCGAUGCGACGAUGAGCCCGGCGUGGAUGCACGGGCUGCUGACGCGCGUCACCCGACACCCCCGUUGUCAAUUAAUUCGAUACCACGAUAGACCAUUACUCAUAUCACCAUCACCAUCAUCAUUAUCAUCAUCAUCAUCGCCAUCAUCAUCAUUAUCACCAACACUAGCAUCAGUACCAGCAGCAUCAUCGUUAUCAUUAUUCACGGCGUUGUCAUCGUCGUCGCUGUCAUCAACACUCUUGCUGUCGUUGCUAUCACUGUUGUCAUUAUUAAUUCUGAUAUCAUUGACAAAAUUCACAUCCUAUCGGUACUUGUACCAUCAUCAUCACCGGCAGUACCAACCACACCAGUAUCUGCUCCCGUAUCAGUCCCAGCAACAGGAUUACGAACGCUGGUGUCCUACCAAGUGGUUUCCUACGAUAACAGACACAAUACAGCCACCAAAAGGUUGGCCAUGGACUUCGAGAAAACAAGAAACGGCACCGGCGAAACCGAUGACGAUUAUACGAAUAUUCAUUUUAUUGUGGGCGAUCGUCGUGAAAUUGCCAGCUUUAGACCUGAUCAAGUUACAAACAAAGAACUUAAAGAAUUAUUUAGAAGUGCAGCAGAAGCAGGUCCUCUGGAUAUCGUGAAACUACGAAAGGGUGACAAACUUUUAAAUAUUUCACCUCAAUUGCCAGCUAACACCCCAGACACACCGUACGUGCUUCAGGUCGUUGGAGCACACCCAACAUCUGUGGGGAUGAUCGAGGCUGACCUGUUGCGAGCAUUAGAGAAGCGCGUUGCUGCACUGGAACGUGAACUUGGAGCGCAGCAGGCAGUUGCGUCUUCUGAGCCGGCUCAUCUUCUACGGGAGCUUAAACGUCAAAUGGAUGCUUUCAAAACCAAACUCGAGACUACUGAGCACCUUAGUUGGCUAGGCUUCUAUAAGCAACUUCCAGAGCCAGUUUCCUCAGAAGCAUGCAGAAGAUUGCAGUACAGGCGUAAGAGUGACAGCGUAAAACGUCGAGUUCGUGAAAAGUUUCUCAACAUCUGUGAUGUAUCAGUAUCAUCAAGUGUCCGUGAAUGGCUCCGUUCUCCGGCAUUUGACGCCCGACAGUGGGAAGAUGAAGAGCUUUUGUUGAUGCUACAAACGAUGUUCGUUGAGUUGGAGUUGCCACAGAAAUUCAACAUUCCCUUACCGACAUUGAGAAAUUUUCUCUAUGAAGUUUACAAUAAUUACAAUGAGGUGCCAUUUCAUAACUUCAGGCACUGCUUUUGUGUCGCGCAAAUGAUGUACGCGAUAGCAUGGGCAGUGGAUCUCCCUUCGAAGAUUGGCCACCUCGAGGUCCUGAUACUGAUCGUUUCCUGCAUUUGCCACGACCUCGACCAUCCAGGAUACAACAACAUCUAUCAGAUAAAUGCACGUACAGAACUGGCGUUGCGUUACAAUGAUAUCUCGCCGCUAGAGAAUCACCACUGCUCAGUCGCAUUCCGUGUCCUCGAAGCACCUGAGUGCAAUAUACUCGCAUCUCUUGACGCCACGACGUUUCGUACAGUACGGGAGGGUAUUAUAAGAUGUAUCCUUGCUACUGAUAUGGCCAGACACAACGAGAUACUCGGGCAAUUCACGGACGUUGUUCAGGAAUUCGAUUAUCAAAACAGGGCGCACAUUAACUUGUUAUCGAUGAUAUUAAUAAAAGUCGCGGACAUUAGUAAUGAGGCAAGGCCAAUGGAUGUGGCAGAGCCCUGGCUCGAUCGAUUGCUACAAGAGUUCUUUAAACAAUCAGACGCAGAGAAACUCGAGGGACUGCCAGUAACACCUUUUAUGGAUCGCGACAAAGUCACUAAACCAUCUUCACAAUGCAGCUUUAUUGGACUUGUUCUUCUUCCACUCUUUGAAGUUCUUGGUGAUCUAUUUCCUGAACUUCAGGAGCUAAUCGUGUCACCGGUAAAAUAUGCCCUAGACUACUACCGGCGUCUUAAUGAAGCUGCCAAAGACGAGCGCCACCACCGUAAAAGUAUCGUCGACCUCGGCGAGUCAACGAUGUCCUCAUCUCACACCGGAUCGUCCAGCGUAAUAAAGUCGACUUCCUCUCACAGCAUGCGAUCCAAGCGUUCCGCGGGUACGAUAAGAUCGCGCUCCCGUUCAAUCGAAGACGAAGCGGACAACCAGAUGCUCGAGGAAUUAGAAAAUAUCGAGAGCUCGGAUCCGGAGACUGCCACCGAGGUGGAAAUAAGCGAAAAAACACUUAAGUUCAAAAUAUCAACCGAGGGAAACGUCGCGCCUUCCUCGACAGGUCGUAAAAGUUAUCCCGGAAGUAGAAAGGGCAGUAGGGACAAAUCCUCACUGGAUUAUCACAACCAUGAUCUGGCAAAAGCCGUGAGGGAUCACGAACGCGAGCGUAGAAAGAGCCGCGGCGAGAAUCUCAGCAGCGAUAUGAGUUCCCCAGUAAGCGCCAGAUCAGGCGACGACACGAGAAUACUCGAGGAGUUUGAAAGGGAUGAAAUAUUGUGUAUUGAGGCGCGUAUUAAUAAAGAUGACAGUAAAUUGUCUGAAGAAAAUGGAAACGGUUUUGUUGAAAGUAGCAUUUUAGAAAAAUAUAAUAAAUCUAAUAAACGUAUGAGCAUUGACGUCGACGAUAACAAUACUAGUUGUAGCAGUAGUGGUAGAAUAAAUCGUAAAGAAUUAGUUGUAAUGACAGAUGCUAAUUUACGUUGCUGUUGUGAUGACAAAUCAUCUUCGUCAAAUAAUCAUCACAAGUCACUUUUGUCAAGACUGCGUAAUCUAACAGAUCGUCUGAGUAUUAGCUUCGACUCGAAGGAUCCACCGAUAACCAAAUCCAAGCAUCAUCAUCAUCAUGUUGUAACUAAAACACUUAGCAAAAGCAACUCUGUUGUCAGCGGUAGUGUUGGUGUUGGUAGUGGUGGUGGCGGCGGGUCUUCAAAUAGUAGUUCUAUAUUAAUUUGUAAACGUUGUAAUUUGACUAAAAGCACCAAAGACUCAAGUAAUAGCGGUGGAGGUGGAGGUGGAGGUAGUGGUAGUACAGUUGUUGCACUUACGAGUAUGGACAAGCGGGCGAUGACGCUUCCGAAGACACGUAAAUCUCAUGAUGGGAGAACUAAAAGCUGGAGAAUGGUAUUUACUAAAGAAAAAAGACCCUCUGCGUCUUUAGAAGUCCUUCCGGCUCAUGACAGCAGCUGUGAUAGCUCGAUUGUUAAACACAAAAGAAAUCUUUCAAAUCCAGAAGGGAAAAUGUCGAUUACCAAAUCCAGUGUAAAGGACAUUAAGGAGCAAAAAAAAAUAAAUUUUAGUGAGAUUAAUGUCAGAACGGGAGCUGUGACAAAGUCAAAGCCCGACAUUGUUGUCCAUCCCGGCAGUUCCUCUAUUGUUGAUGAGGAUAUUGAUAAAGUUGAGAUACGCAGAAGCUCCGCGAGCAUGGAGGAUAUAUCAAAAAUAACAAAACAGAAUGAAGUUGCGCUUCUGGGAUCGUUGGAGGAUAAAAAGUCUGAGGAGAUGCAGCACACAGGGAGCCUUGACUCGAUGCUCUACAAAGAGUGCGCCAAGACCACCAAGAAGGCUUUCGUGUUCGCGUCGCCGUCUAGCACCAAGAAAUCUUCCCCCAGUCUCUUCUCGAGAUUCAAGUCGGGUAUGAGCAUCGACGGCACUAGAAGCAACAGCGGGUCCCUGAACGAGAACAACCAGCAGUCGCCCAGCUGGAUCUCGUCUCUGACCGCGAGCUUUCGUCCUAAACGACACGGUGACAUUGCUGGUCCAACGUCACAUCAGCUACACUCCCCGACUCAUGAAGAGGUCAAGUGAUACGUAGUUGCGCUCGAUAGAAACAAAACCGCGAGGUUACAGAAUUUCACUGAGUGGUGGUCCCAGCACUCGUCCUGCUGCACCGGUCAAAUUUAAAAACUUUAUUAUUCAUCCUCUCCAUUAAUGUCUCUCCCUCUCUCAUCGCGGUAUAAAAGUGUCCUCUACUAUUUUUAUUUAUUAAACCGACGGUAAAUUUACGGGUAGAAGCAAAUAUCAUUGGAAUGCUUCCAUUAUUUUAUUGUUUUGCUAUUCCAAAUAUUUUAUUGAUCAAAAUUAUUCAAGACAAGUCUUCUCUCUCUUUCUCUCUCUCUCCUUUUUUUCAGUACCAGUGGCUUUAAUUUAUAAACAUUUUGACUAAACAACAUUUUGUUUUAUUUUAAAAUUUAAAAUUUUAUUUUCACUGGAGUAUUUAAUCGCGGGCUAUUUAAAUAAACGUAAGCAAAGAAAAAAUAAAUAAAUAUUAUUUAUAAAAAAUAUAUAUAACCCAUCAGUAGCUGAUUUAUCCUUCAGUCAAAUAAAUAUGAUAAUAAUAAAUAUGUACUGAAUAAUUAUUUUAUUAUUUUUUCUUUGGGAAUAUUUAAAAAUAAAAAAAAAAUUGUCUUGUGUAACAAUUGGAGUAAAUGUUUGAAAUUAGAAAUCGCGAAUGCGAGAUGUUAGUGCUGUAGAUUUUAUUUAUUGUUUAUCGUAGUCCGAUCUUACAUAAUCGUCAUUAUAAAUAUUUAAAUAUUAUUUAAGUUUAAAAAAAAUCCAAAUCGCCAUAAAAAAAAACGUAUAUAAUAAAAAAUAAUAAUAAUAAUAACAUCCAUUAUCUCAAUGUAUCGAUUAAAGCAGUAGCUAGAUAGGCAAACAGAUAAUUAAUAAAAAAAUAUAUAUAAAUAUAAAUAUACUCUUAUAAUAAUAAUUUAAAUAAAAAAAAAAAAAAAAAAAAAAAAAACAAAUGUGUGCUUCUCAACCGCAGUAUUGUUUACUGAAUUAAAAAAAAUAAUGACGGUGCAAUGUGUAACAAAAAAAAAUAAUAAUAAUUAUAAUUUCAAUAAAUUUAUCUUGAGCACAUUUGUUUAAAUGAACUAAUAAUUGUAACUGUUAUUGUAAUUAUCAUUAUUUUAUUCCGAUGUAAAUGUUUUUAUGUAUAGUUGGUUAAUCAAAAGAAAAAAUGCGUAAAGAGAAGAUAUAUAUUAAACAUAAAUAAAUAAAUAAAUAUAUUAAUAAAAAAUGAUCCUGAAAUUAACAGAUAUUUUUCGGAUUUUUUUUUCAACAAAUCGAUGACAAAAAAAAAAAAAUAAUAAAAUGCACAUGUAGAAAAUUUAAAAACCAUGGGUGCAAUUUUUUUCAAAUAUUUUUUUUUUUGUAAUUUAUAGUUUUUAAAAAAUCCGAAAGUUAUCGGCUAACUUCAGUAUCAAUAAAAAAAUGAUUCUGAAGUUAACAGAUGAUUUUCGAAUUUUUUCUUUGAACAAAUUUCGACAAAAAAAAAAAACUAAAAAUAUGCACAAGUAGAGAAUUUAAAAAACUAUAGGUGCAAUUUUUUCAAGUAUUUUUUUUUUGUAAUUUACAGUUUUUUAAAAAAUUCAAAAAUUAUCAGACAUAGUAACUUCAGUAUCUUUAAUAAAAAUGACCUAUAUUGUC